AUGUUUUUAAUCCUUUUUUCGUCUUUCCUCAUUCUUUUCAUCACGUACCAUUUGUAUCAUUAUUCGUUGCAUCGCAAGGAAGUGAAUCGAGUGAAACAUAUUCCAGGAUAUUCCUUUUAUUCCUAUUUUACGUUAAAGUUAUUUGCUCCUGAACAAGAUUUCCUCUUUCUUCCUCGCUCACAAGCCUUGAAUGCUGCCAAGUUCGGAAAACAUAAUAUUUGGAGAAUUACAAUGGGAACUGAUACGAUUUGCUUUGUAGUUAAUCCCGAGCAUUACAAAGAUAUUUUGGUAACAAAAGCCAAAUUAUUUAGAAAACAUCCAUUAUUUAAUAAUUUAAAUAUCGACUAUAGGGUAAAGAACGUGUUCACAGAUUAUGGAGAUUCCUGGAAAAGACAUAGACAGUUAACACAACCAAGCUUUUCAGAUGAUAAUCUUGCCAAAAUAUUGAAAGAACAUGUACAUCGUAUUUCGAAUCGAUUGGUGGAAAAGAUUUGGGAAGGAAGAAACUUGGAAAAUAAUUGUGUAGUGAUCAAUGAUUGGAUGAGAAGAGUGACACUGGAUGUUAUAAGUAAUGCUGGAUUUGGAGCUGAGUUUGAUUGUCUUGGAAAUGAAAAGGAUAUUCUCCCUCUUAUUGCUAAAACAAUUGUUCAAGUAUUAUCAGCAGGAUUACUAUUCAACAGAAGAUAUAUUGAACCUUUUACAAAAUUUUUCUUCCCUUCCAAGUACAAGUUGGUAUUUAAGGAAUGGCCAUCCAUUCUUCGUAACAUGGUUGACAGGAGAGAGAAGGAGAUUGAGCUGGAGAAAGAAAGUGGAGAGAUUUAUAAGAGCAACUUAAUUUCUCAAAUGCUUCUUGCCAAAGAAGAGGAACCAACCGAUGGCGUCAAAAAAGGUUUUACAAAGGAUGAGGUAGUGGCUAACUCGCAUGCAUUUAUGCUUGCUGGAGAUGAAACAAGUCAACAAACAUUGAUAUGGAUGUUUUACUUUAUUUCUAGGCAUGAAAAUGUUCAGGAAAAAUUAAGAGAAGAGGUUAUUAGAGAGGUUCCUCUAGAGGGUAUUGACUUUGAGCUCUAUCAAAACAAGGAAAAACUUAUUUAUGCUAGAAAUGUGCUAAAUGAGACUCUAAGGCUAAAAGGUCCUGUUCACACCAACACCAGAUACACCUUAAAACCAGUAGAAAUUGCUAACAAAACUAUUCCUAAAGGCGUGACGGUCGAAAUGAAGUUUUGUGUGUCACAAAUGGACACAGAAAUUUGGGGUGAAGAUGCCUUACUGUUCUGCCCAGAAAGAUUUGAACGGCCAGAAAUCAAAGAUCUACUCAAACAAAAUAGAUAUACUUUCAUACCCUUCAGCAUUGGGCCAAGAACAUGUAUUGGAAUGAAGUUUGCAGAAAUGGAAAUUUUGGAUGUUGUCUGCAGAAUGGUUAGAAACUAUGACAUGAAAUGCCAAAAUCAAGGUGAAAUUAAGGAGGUUGCCGGAAUUACUCUAAAGCCAGCGGAUGAUAUUGUUGUCAAACUGGAAAAGCGAGGAGUAUAA